GCAAUGGGCACCUGUUACCCAUAUAGGGAAAAGUGAAAAUGAUGUGAAAUUCCUGCUCUCGUCUUUUGCUCAUCACCUUUCCCAUCUAUCUAUCUAUCUAUCUCACACGAGCCAAGUCAAGUGCACACAACAAGGUAGCUGGUGCUGCAGAUCCUGCCCGGCUAGCCAGGAAGGACUCCAUCAGUCAGGUUCUCCGCCCCGCCCACCUCUCCCCACCGCAGCACAAGCGAAGCCGAGGCAGGGCAGAGGCAGAGGAUGAAGUGCAUAGUGGGGAGCCCGGGGACAUGGAGCGGCAUGGCGCUGCGGGUGUCGCAGUGCGUCUUCGCCGCCGCAUCCGUCUUCGCCAUGUUCUCUGCCUACGGCUUCUCCAACUACAGCGCCUACUUCUACAUGAACUUUGCUUCGGUGCUGCAGUUUCUGUGGAGUUUGCCCCUUGCUUGUCUGGAUAUCUUUUCUCUCAGGAAUGAAAAGGAUCUUCACGCACCGGAUCGUCUAUUGCUCAUUGUUAUCAUUGACUGGGCAUACGGGGUGUCGAAGGUGCUUCUGGAGAAGGCAGCGAGCCAAUUUGCAGAGGAGAAUGGCAUCAGCCUCGUCACCGUGUUGCCGGUGUGCACAUUGGGCGCGGCGCCGGUCUCCAAAGCAAGAUCCAGCGUUCCGGCCGUCCUCUCCUUGUUGUCCGGAAAUCAAAGAAGAGAAGAUAUUGCAACAGAAGCAUUAUUGCAGGAAAUUAGAAAAGAGGAUUUAAUGGAUCGCAUCACACAAUUGAAUGGCUCGCGAGGCGAUGGAUCAUUUAAAAAGAUCCACCGGCCGACGCGUAGCACGGCCCCUGAAGUAAAGUCCUCUGUUAUUUUUGGGUGCUACCAACUGAAACUUGGAGGUGACGAGGAGCAGCUGGCCAUCCUGGAAGGCGUGCAGUUAGUCACCGGUUCUAUGUCGAUAGUCCACGUGGAGGAUGUCUGUCGCGCCGAGGUGUUCGUGGCGGUGAACGAGUCCUUGUGAGGGAGGUACAUCUGCUGUAGCUACAAUACCACUGUCGUGCAGAUCUCCCGUCUCCUGGCAGAGAAAUUCCCGCGUUACAAUGUGAAUGCCGAACGAUUUGUUGGAUGCCCUACGGAACCGAGAGUGUGCAUGUCGUAUCAGAAGCUCGUUGGAGAAGGGUUUAUCUUCAAGCACGAGAGCCUAGGUGAGAUAUUCGACGACGUUGUCGAGUACGGUAGCACCACAGGGAUUUUGCGUGAUUGACAUGUUCUUUAGCCACAGAUUUAUAUUUGAUCGAUCAGAGCAAUAAAAUGUGCUUUCAUAUAGGUGAAAUCUCGUGACUGUGUUUUGUCUGCUUGAAUUUGUAGCUCCCUUUGCACCGUAUUAUUUAAGAAAAUUGUAAAGGGAGACAGGAUAUAAACUCAUGAGCAGUUUUAGCAUGGUCUCGCUUUAUCAACCCCAAGAAA